AUUAUGAUGAAGCUGAUCGUUUGUAUUUUGAAAAUAUUACUUUAGAGCGUGUAUUAGACAUUUAUGAAAUUGAAAGUUCUUGUGGUGUGAUAAUUUCUAUGGGUGGCCAAACUCCAAACAAUAUAGCAUUACCAUUGUUUCGCCAAAAUGUUCAGAUACUUGGUACUUCUCCGGAAAUGAUUGACACUGCUGAAAAUCGAUAUAAAUUUUCUCGUAUGUUGGAUCAGAUCGGGGUCGACCAACCGAGAUGGAAAGAGUUAACGAGUCAUGAAGAAGCACAUGAAUUCUGUAAGCAGGUUCAAUUUCCAGUUUUAGUACGACCAUCAUAUGUAUUAUCAGGUGCUGCAAUGAAUGUAGUGUAUUCCUCGGAUGAUCUUUCUAAUUAUCUUAGUCAAGCUACGGCAGUUUCUAGAGAACAUCCAGUUGUAAUUUCAAAAUAUAUUGAAGAAGCUAAGGAAAUUGAAAUGGAUGCUGUGGCUCUUGAUGGUAAGCUAAUAAUGCACGUAAUAUCAGAACAUGUUGAAAAUGCGGGCGUACACUCGGGUGAUGCAACUCUUGUCUUACCGCCACAGGACCUUGAUCCUGCUACUGUACGAAAAAUCGAACUCGCUACUCAACAGAUCGCAAAUGCAUUAAAUGUGACUGGUCCUUUUAAUAUUCAGUUCAUUGCUAAAAACAAUGAUAUAAAGGUUAUAGAAUGCAAUGUUCGCGCGUCAAGGUCUUUUCCAUUUGUGUCCAAAGUUAUGGACGUGGAUUUAAUCGAGAUGGCUACAUUGGCUAUGUUGGGUGUUCAUAUUGAUCCAUACCCACCAAUUAAUUUACCAAAGAAUUAUGUAGCUGUUAAAGUGCCACAAUUCAGUUUUAGUCGUUUAUCUGGUGCUGAUCCUAUAUUGGGUGUAGAAAUGGCAUCUACUGGUGAAGUUGCAUGUUUCGGGCGAGAUAAAUAUGAGGCAUAUCUUAAGGCGUUGAUAUCUACAGGCAUUACUGUCACCAUGCCUCGAAAAAACAUUCUGCUUUCUAUCGGUUCAUUCAAGGAAAAGAAUGAAAUGUUAGCAUCA